AUCCAUGAUACCCCUCUCUUCCAAUCUGACCCGGAACAUGUUUCUCCUGAAAAGUAGAAUCACUGUUCAAACUUUCAAACUUAUCUCUGAAAAGUAGAAUCAAUGCCUCGAAACAGAACACACCCGCUUCCUCAUUCUCCAAUGAUUCCCCUGUUUCUUCUCUUCCUUGCGGUCUCCUUCCACUCUUCUUUUGCCUCCUCAACAGCCAAGAAUUUUAUUAACAGAGGUUAUUCUUUGUCGGUUGAAGAUCAUGCUUCAGUCCUUGCCUCCUUGGAUCAAUCAUUCACCUGCGGAUUUUACCUGGUUGGCUCAAAUGCCUACAGUUUUUCGAUUUGGUUCACCAACUCCAGAGAAAGGACGGUGGCUUGGAUGGCUAAUCGAGAUCUUCCAGUAAAUGGCCGAGGCUCAAGAGUUUCAUUGCUUCGAGAUGGAACUAUGGUCCUUACCGACGUUGAUGGCUCAACCGUCUGGUCCACCAACACCACCGGCACCAAGGUGGACAAAGCUGAGCUCCUGAACACAGGGAACCUCGUUUUGAAGGACCCAUCUGGCAAAAUCCUCUGGCAAAGCUUUGAUUCUCCCAUUGAUACUCUUCUACCUUCACAGCCUCUCACCAAGAGUAAGAAACUGGUCUCUGCUACAAGCAAAAGAACAUAUUAUUCAGGGUAUUUUAGUUUGUUUUUCGACAGCGACAAUGUUCUCAAGUUAAUGUAUGACGGACCUGAGAUUUCUAGCUUGUAUUGGCCUAAUCCAGAUUAUUCUGUAUUUCAGAAUGGUAGGACAAGUUACAAUAGUAGUAGAAUUGCAGUGCUCGAUGAAAUGGGUCGUUUUUUGUCGAGUGAUAGAAUGGAAUUUAUGGCCUCUGACAUGGGUUUUGGGACUAGAAGGCGAUUGACACUGGAUUAUGAUGGUAAUCUUAGACUCUAUAGCUUGAACGAGUUAACCGGAUUGUGGGUGAUCUCAUGGCAAGCUCUAGCACAAUUGUGCAACGUCCAUGGUCUGUGUGGCAAAAAUGGGAUUUGCCUCUAUACACCACAGCCCAAAUGUUCAUGCCCGCCGGGUCAUGAGAUGAGUGACCCAAGUGACUGGAGCAAAGGUUGCAGGCCCACAUUCAAUUUAAGCUGCGAAGAUACUGAAAAAUUGAGAUUCGUGGAGAUUCCUCAUACGGAUUUCUACGGAUUUGAUUUCUAUUAUGGUCCUUCUACAUCAUUUGAAUCUUGCAUGAAGCUCUGCUUGGGGAAUUGCACUUGUAAGGCUUUUGUUUACAGGUUAACAGGAGAAGCAACCUGCUACACAAAGAGUGCUCUUUUUAAUGGGUACAGAUCACCUAGGUUCGUUGGGAACUUAUAUUUGAAACUACCAACAAGUGUGGAAACAUCAGAAACCUUAGUGCUUGGAGGAACUGACAUCACUUGUGGAAUUAGAGAAGCUGAAACUAAUAUGGGCUUGCUCAAAACGCUUGAUGCAGGGAGCGGAAAGACAAAAUGGGUAUACCUGUACUUAUUUCUCUGUGUGAUUGGAGCAAUUGAAAUUGUCUUUAUUAUAUCAGGUUGGUGGUGCCUUUUCAGAGGACAGAAGGUGUCUAAAUUGAUCCAGAAUGGAUACCACAUAAUACCCAAUCAAUUUAGGAAGUUCACUUAUGCAGAACUGAUGAAGGCAACGAAGAUUUUCAAGGAAGAACUAGGGAGGGGAGGCUCUGGGGCUGUUUACAAGGGACUUUUAGGGGACAACACAGUGGUGGCGGUGAAGAAACUAGAAGAUGUGAUUGAAGGAGAAGAUGCAUUCUGGGCUGAAGUGAGCACAUUUGCGAGAGUUAACCAUGUGAACAUAGUAGGAAUGCUGGGCUUCUGUUCAGAAGGAACCAAAAGAUUAUUGGUCUACGAGUAUGUAGAGAAUGGAUCAUUGAGUAAAAACCUCUUCUCCGACGCCAGUAGUAAUAGCAAUGGCGAAGCUAGUUCUCUGAGUUGGAAGGAGAGGUUCAGAAUUGCUUUAGGGACAGCCAAAGGUCUGGCUUACCUUCACCAUGAGUGCCUUGAAUGGGUUAUACAUUGUGAUGUGAAGCCUGAAAACAUACUCCUGAACAGAAAUUUCGAUCCUAAGAUAUCCGACUUUGGAUUGGCGAAGUUGUCUCAGAGAUGUGGAUCUGGUCUCCAGGUGUCUAGAAUCAGAGGAACAAUGGGGUACUUGGCUCCAGAGUGGGCGUCCAAUCUUCCCAUCACUACAAAGGUUGAUGUUUAUAGCUUUGGAGUGGUACUCCUAGAGAUUGUGAAGGGAAUUCGGCUUUCAAGCUGGAUGGUGGCUAAUGGGGAGGAGGCUGAACAAACUAGAUUUCUCUGGUUAGUGAAGAAAAAGAUUGAAUGCGGGGAUGACUCGUGGGUUGAGGAUAUAGUGGAUCCAGCAUUGAAAGGGCAGUUCAACAAGAAGCAGGCAGCUAGGAUGGUCGAGAUAGGUAUAUCCUGCAUUGAGGAAGACAAAAGCAAAAGACCAGCCAUGGAUGAAGUAGUCCAAUUUCUACUAGAAUGUGAAGAUGGUCCAAAACUACCUACUUUAGAUAUGCCGUAAUUCACAGAGACAAUAUCUUGAAACCUCCCUACAUAGAUUUAUCAUAGAUUGGAGCAGAUCCAAAAUGAAUGGUAUGUUUCUUCUUCUUCUUCUUCAAUGAUCAAUGGUAUACAUUUGGUUA